AUGCUGGAAAUCGCGAUAUACUCACUGCAGUCGGCACGCAACGCCAUUAAUGGUGGCGCCAGGCGUUUAGAAAUUUGCGCAUCACCCGGUGAAGGUGGACUCACCCCAGCUCCAGGAUUGGUUCACACGAUAAACUCGCAAUAUCCAAAUAUCCCGCUCAUCUGCAUGAUUCGGAUAAAGCCGGGAAAUUUUGUGUACACGAGAGAAGAGAUGGAUGUGAUGCUCUUUGACCUGAAAAUUCUGAGUCAAAAUGGCGCUGAUGGAUUUGUCUUCGGUGCGUUAACGGAAAAUUUCCAAGUCCACAAAGAUUUCUGCAAAGAGAUAAUAUCUGCGGCAGCACCGAAGAGAGUCACGUUUCAUCGGGCAUUUGAUCAGGUUGAAGAUCCUUUCAACGCCCUGGAAGAUAUCAUAAGCCUCGGAUUCGAGCGGCUUUUAACAUCCGGACAGGAAAAUACAGCGAUGGAAGGGGUGAAACUACUCCGAAUGCUCGUGAAGACAGCUGGGGAUCGGAUUACCAUAAUGCCAGGGGGUGGGGUAACCCAGGAGAAUAUAUUUGAAAUCAUGGAAAUAUCCGGAGCUCAUGAGUUUCAUUCUUCUGCAAAAAUACGAAUUGAAGCGGAUGGGGUGAUGAAUAAAAUUAAGCUGUCUGAGGAUGAGAAAUUUAUUACUGUAGCAAAUAAGGAUUACGUUAAACGUAUGGUUGAGAUAAUAAAUCGGUGCUGAAGUUGGGCUAUGAAAAUAUCGAUAUAACAUGUGUAAUACCUGCAAAAUAUGGAAUAUAUAGAUUUCAUGAAA